GGCCCCGGCCCCGGGGUGGGGCCUCCUCCGCUGACGUCCUGCUCGCACUGCGCCUGCGCGGGCCGAGGGCUGUGGCUCCGGCUCGUGGUAGGCACCGUCCGCCCCUCCGCGCUGACUGUGUGGAUCGCGCAAAACUCAGCGGACAGACGCGGCUGAGAAAUGGAGAGGAAAAUGAAACAUUAACAGUGGCAGCUAUGCGGCACAUCCUAAGAGAACUAUGGCAACAUCAGAUGACUGCCCCGGAAGUGAAUUGCAGGAGGGAGCAGAGGCCGUGGCGUGCCGAGAGGAGGAGCCUCUCCCACUCCUGGAGGGCCUGCGCCCCGAGGAGUUCGUGGCCAUCGCGGACUACGCUGCCACCGACGAGACGCAGCUCAGUUUUCUGAGAGGAGAGAAAAUUCUCAUCCUGAGACAAACGACUGCCGACUGGUGGUGGGGCGAGCGCGCCGGCUGCUGCGGGUACAUCCCCGCAAACCACCUGGGGAAGCAUCUGGAGGAGUGUGACCCCGAAGACACGUGGCAGGACGAGGAGUAUUUCGGCAGCUACGGAACCCUGAAGCUUCACUUGGAGAUGCUGACAGACCAGCCGCGAACAACUAAGUACCACCACGUGAUCCUGCAGAACAGAGAGUCCCUCCGUGGCAAGGUGAUCCUGGACGUGGGCUGCGGGACCGGCAUCAUCAGCCUCUUCUGUGCGCACUACGCACAGCCCAAAGCGGUGUAUGCGGUGGAGGCCAGCGAGAUGGCCCAGCACACAGGGCAGCUGGUCAUGCAGAAUGGCUUCGCUGACGUCAUCACGGUGUUCCAGCAGAAGGUUGAGGAGGUGGUGCUGCCCGAGAAGGUGGACGUGCUGGUGUCCGAGUGGAUGGGGACUUGCCUGCUGUUUGAGUUCAUGAUCGAGUCCAUCCUGUACGCCCGGGACGCGUGGCUGAAGGAGGAUGGGGUCAUCUGGCCGACCACGGCCGCACUGCACCUCGUGCCCUGCAGUGCGGACAAGGAUUACCGCAGCAAGGUUCUCUUCUGGGACAACGCCUACGAGUUCAACCUCAGCGCCCUCAAAUCUUUAGCAAUUAAGGAGUUUUUCUCGAAGCCCAAGUAUAACCACAUUUUGAAACCAGAAGACUGUCUGUCGGAACCGUGCACCAUAUUACAGCUGGACAUGAGGACAGUGCAGGUUGCAGAUCUAGAGACAAUGAAAGGUGAGCUGUGCUUCGAUAUCAAGAAAGCCGGCACUCUGCACGGAUUCACAGCCUGGUUUAGCGUCCGUUUCCAGAACCUGGAGGAAGGUGCACCCCAGCUGGUGCUGAGCACGGGACCGUUCCACCCCACCACCCACUGGAAGCAGGUGUUGUUCAUGAUGGACGAGCCCGUCCCCGUUUGUACUGGGGACGUGGUCACAGGCUCGGUGGUGCUGCAGCGGAACCCAGUAUGGAGGAGGCACAUGUCCGUUGCCCUGCGCUGGUCCGUCACCUCCAGGCAUGACCCCACGUCACAGAAGGUUGGAGAGAAGGUCUUCCCGAUCUGGAGAUGACGCAGACGUUGUUUGGGAAACUGUGAGUGUGAGCGUCCUGGAGGGACAACGUGCGUGAAAGGAGUCAUACUUAGAUGCGAAUGCCCAUCCCGCCCGUCCCGCUCUGCCUGGCAGGUGGCAGCUCCCUUCCCUGCAGGCUCCACACACUGACGCGCACGGGUUGCCCUCGCCACUGUCACUGCCCGUGUCUGUCCUCUAGAAGUAGGCUGUGUUUCCAGGUGUCCCUAGUGGUGUCCACAGUGCCGACCCGUGAUCGGUUGGGGGCACGGUGUGCCUAAGCUCGGUCUAGUUCCCCACCCAUAGGGCACACACGUCACCCCUGUACUCCUGUGAAGUGACCGUUGUGCAUCGUGUUAGUGGUGUCUUACUGCCCUCGGCUCAGAUCGUGGGUCGCACAGAGCCGUGCGUGACCAGAGGACGCAGUACAUGUGCUGGGGUCGCGCAUGAGGCAGUGCAGCUGCCGAGACGUCUUCCAGGUGAUCCCGUCGGCACACAGUGCAUCUCAAUAAAUCCUUUUAAAUGGG